ACACUAGAAUUUUGUAAGUUAGAUACGGAGCUUGCAACAAAAAUGAAAAUCUGCCUAUUCGCCGUUUUCGUACUUAUAAGCCUGUGGAUUACUUGCUCAGAGAGCGCAAAAUACGGGAAACCGCAUCUCGUCGCUAAAGGAAGAUUGGGACAAUCGUUAUUCGGGAAGAGAACGCAUUUUCGCCGCAAGAAUUUCUUUAUCCGAGCUCGGGGGAAAACAACAAUAGAUUGCCGGAAGUUCUGCAAAAGGAAUCACGAUGGAAGUUUAGCUGGAAGAACGUGCGACAAGAGAGGACCAAGAAGUAGAGUAUUCUGUCGAAUUUGUCGUUCAAACGAACACACAUGCGGAACCAAGGAUAUAUUCUCAUGAACACUGCUUCACGCAACUGUGUCAAAACUUAGCCCAUGAUUUCCAACACAACUGAAUUGUUUAAACUAUAUAACACACAGGAAUUUCUUUAUCCAUCUUUUUCAAACUGCUAGUAACUUUUUAUGUCAUAUUGUAGCCUACUUGAUGAAAGACUUCAACUGCGUAUAAAAAAACUUGAAAUAAGUGAUGUCGAAGGAAUAAAAACACCAAAUGCGUUAGUGCGCAGCAGGACUGCGUGGUUUGCCUGGUUAAUAUCGUUUGGUAGUAAAUUUGACUUACCGAUGUAUAAUUUCUAAAUAAUUUCUAAACAUACGUAGCGGAUACUCACUUUUUUCGACAUUUUUACGAAAACCAUUUUGUAAAUUGUUUUUGUGGUCAUUAUAUAAAUUUAUUUCAAUCAAUCGCAUCGUUUCUCAGUCUUGUAGUGCAAGUGGAAGGAAUUGUAUAUAUUUUCA